AUGGUGGUUUCUCAGCACUGGUUCAACACCCCACACUGGGUUCCACCUGCCUCCCAUAUUUCUAUGACACCACAGUGCUCCCAAACUGAAAAGGAGCUCAUGAAAGAUGACAAGCAAGAUGAAGAAGAGAAAGACAAAGAUGACAAGAAAGAGGACAAAGAUUACAACCAAAAGAACAUGAAAAAAAUAUCCUGUUUCAAUGAACUCCAAACAGAUUACACCAUGCUAUGGGUAGCACUGGACUAUACUUCAGAUGUUAUCUACUACAUUGACACUUUUAUAAGAUCCAGAACAGGAUUUCUGGAACAAGGACUGCUGGUCAAAGAUUCAAAGAUGCUUUGGGAACGCUACAAAAAGACACCCCAAUUUAAAUGUGACCUGAUAAGCAUGAUACCAACAGAUAUAUUGAUGUUACAAUUUGGCAUUAACAGCCCAGAGCUUAGAUUCAAUCGCCUUUUCAAGUUGGCUCGUCUAUUUGAGUUUUUUUACCAGACUGAGACAAGGACCAACCUUCCUAAUACAUUUAGAAUUGGCAACCUUGUACUCUAUAUUUUAAUUAUCAUUCAUUGGAAUGCCUGCAUUUUUUUUGCUAUCUCCAAAACACUUGGCUUUGGGACUGAUACCUGGGUCUACCCUAACAUUAGCGAGCCUAAGUAUGCCCGUCUGUCUAGGAAGUAUACCUAUUGCCUGUACUGGUCCACACUCACCCUUACCACUAUUGGACAAACCCCACAACCUGCUAGAGAUAUCGAGUAUUUGUUUGUGGUUGCUGAUUUUCUCACCGGUGUGCUAAUUUUUGCAACUAUCGUUGGUAAUGUUGGUGCCAUGAUAUCCAACAUGAAUGCUUCACGUGCUCAAUUUCAAGCCAAGAUUGACUUAAUUAAACAGUAUUUGCAGUUUCGGAAGGUCAAUAAAGAUCUGGAGGUCCGUGUUGUCAAGUGGUUUGACUACCUUUGGAGAACAGACAAGACUGGUAAUGAAAAGGAAGUUCUUAAAUACCUACCAGAUAAACUAAAGGCAGAGAUUGCCAUCAGUGUGCAUUUGGAAACACUGAGGAAGGUGCGUAUUUUUCAGGAUUGUGAGGCGGGACUUCUUAUCGAGCUAGUGCUCAAGCUUCAGCCGCAGGUCUUCGGUCCUGGAGACUAUGUCUGCAAGAAGGGUGACAUUGGUCGUGAAAUGUAUAUUAUCAAAGACGGUAAUCUGGCGGUAGUAGCUGAUGAUGGUAUAACACAAUUUGUUGUACUGAGUGAUGGUGCAUAUUUUGGUGAGAUCAGUAUCUUAGGCAUCAAGGGCAGUAAAGCAGGGAAUCGUAGGACUGCCAACAUUCGUAGUGUGGGUUACUCUGACCUCUUCGCCCUCUCAAAAGAUGACCUCAUGGAGGCCUUGAUUGAAUAUCCAGAAGCCAAGACCAUUCUGGAAGAAAAAGGUAAGGCCAUUUUGAUGAAGGAUAGCUUGAUUGAUGAGACAGUAGCCAACCAAUCAGAUGCCAAAGAAAUUGAAGACAAGGUGACUGUAAUGGAAACUAAUCUAGAGAUGAUGCAAACCAAAUUAACACACAUAUCAGCACAGUGGGCAGCCAGCAGGGCUAGAGUCAAGCAAAAGAUCAUCAAUAUGGAGGAUAGAGUUAAAGCAUCCUCGUUGCAUGAACAAACAGAGAAAUGUGUGAUUGCUUUCUAAUAAGGUACAGUAGGUACAUAUCAAUGUACAAUGUACAAAUAAUGGGUGACUUUAAUUGACUUUAUUUAAUGAUCCUGAUUUUUUCUCCUUUUGAUGUUGUAUUAUUGGGCAGUCCUUGUUUGAAAUUAACCAUAAAGGUUGAAGUAACUUUUAGCAAAACUAUACAUUGUUAUCUGAAUUGCUCUUUGAGCCCGAGCCACCUUUGAAUGUGAACCUUGUUGUGUGUUGUAUAGACUAAUGCUUAUUCAAAGACUUUGAAGGCUUUACCAACUACCUUCAGCAGAAUUGCUGAAUCACUUAA